GGGCUCAGAGCGCUCGGGGCCCGGCUCCCUGGAGCCCCGCAGCCUCGGGUCCGCCGCUCCUCCGCACCCUCCUUCCCGGACAGCCGCGGGGACCAUGGUGCAGCACUCGGGCUCCAUCCAGUCCUUCAAGCAGCAGAAAGGAAUGAACAUAAGCAAAAGCGAAAUAACAAAAGAAACUCCACUGAAACCGUCUCGGAGAUCCCUGCCUUGCCUAACCCAGAGCUGCGCUCCUUCCUACAGCUUGAGCCAGUCUACCUCCCUCUUGCAGUCAGCCGAGAGUGAGUCGCAGGCUCCCACUUUGGCCAGCUUAAUCUCUGCCGACAAAACAGAGCAAGUUAACCCCGAGGAAAAUAACAAAACCUCUCUACUGAAAUGUUCCUUUGCUGAUCUCAGUGAUUUCUGUGUGGCCCUAGGAAAAGAUAAGGAUUAUAUGGAUGAAUCACAACAUGCUAAUUAUGACCGAUCUUGUCUCAUUGAUGACUUUGUUAUCAAAGAUAAACCUGAAUCCAAGACAAAAUUGUCUAAGAAUGACAUGAAUUACAUAGCAUCCAGUGGGCUUCUGUUCAAAGAUGGCAAAAAGAGAAUUGAUUACAUCUUGGUCUAUAGAAAGACAAACAUACAGUAUGACAAGAGAAAUACAUUUGAGAAGAACCUCAGAGCAGAAGGGUUGAUGUUGGAGAAGGAGCCGGCUAUUGCAAACCCUGACAUUAUGUUUAUUAAAAUCCACAUUCCGUGGGACACGCUGUGCAAGUAUGCAGAGAGGCUGAACAUCCGGAUGCCUUUCAGGAAAAAAUGCUAUUAUACUGACGGAAGGAACAAAUCAAUGGGCAGGGUACAAAAUUAUUUUAAAAGAAUCAAAAAGUGGAUGUCCCAAAAUCCAAUGGUUCUCGACAAGUCAGCAUUUCCAGAGUUGGAGGAGUCCGAUUGUUACACCGGCCCUUUCAGCAGAGCUCGGAUUCACCACUUCAUAAUAAAUAAUAAGGACACCUUCUUCAGCAAUGCUACCCGCAGCAGGAUAGUCUACCACAUGCUGGAGCGCACCAAAUACGAAAAUGGGAUAUCCAAAGUGGGUAUCCGUAAACUUAUAAACAAUGGCUCGUAUAUAGCAGCAUUUCCCCCACAUGAGGGCGCCUACAAGAGCAGCCUGCCCAUCAGAACCCACGGGCCCCAAAACAACAGGCACCUGCUGUACGAGCGCUGGGCGUGCUGGGGCAUGUGGUACAAGCAUCAGCCGCUGGACUUGAUCAGGCUGUACUUUGGCGAGAAGAUUGGGUUGUAUUUUGCGUGGCUGGGCUGGUACACUGGAAUGCUGAUUCCCGCCGCAGUCGUUGGACUGUGUGUCUUCUUCUAUGGACUGGUAACCAUGAAUGGAAGCCAAGUGAGCCAGGAGAUCUGCAAAGCCACGGAGGUCUUCAUGUGCCCUCUAUGUGACAAGAAUUGCUCACUGCAGAGGCUCAACGACAGCUGUAUCUAUGCCAAGGUGACAUACUUGUUUGAUAACGGAGGGACAGUCUUCUUUGCUAUUUUUAUGGCAAUAUGGGCUACUGUCUUCCUGGAGUUUUGGAAAAGGAGAAGAAGUAUACUGACCUAUACCUGGGACCUUAUUGAAUGGGAAGAAGAGGAGGAAACACUGCGUCCCCAGUUUGAAGCCAAGUAUUAUAAGAUGGAGAUAGUAAAUCCCAUCACAGGCAAGCCUGAGCCACACCAACCUUUCUCAGAUAAAGUCACCCGUCUUCUUGUGUCUGUCUCAGGAAUAUUCUUCAUGAUUUCUUUGGUGAUCACCGCGGUGUUUGCGGUGGUGGUGUACCGCCUGGUUGUCAUGGAGCAGUUUGCAUCCUUCAAGUGGAACUUCAUCAAACAACACUGGCAGUUCGCAACAUCUGCUGCUGCUGUCUGCAUCAAUUUCAUAAUCAUCAUGUUGCUGAAUCUUGCCUAUGAAAAAAUUGCUUACCUCCUCACUAAUUUAGAAUGUCCUCGAACGGAGUCGGAAUGGGAGAAUAGCUUUGCCCUGAAGAUGUUUCUUUUCCAGUUUGUCAAUUUAAACAGCUCCAUCUUCUACAUUGCCUUCUUUUUGGGGAGAUUUGUAGGCCACCCAGGAAAAUACAAUAAACUUUUUGACCGGUGGAGGCUGGAGGAAUGUCACCCCAGCGGCUGCCUGAUAGACCUCUGCCUGCAGAUGGGAGUCAUCAUGUUCCUGAAGCAAAUCUGGAACAACUUCAUGGAGCUGGGAUACCCGUUGAUCCAGAACUGGUGGUCGCGACAUAAAAUCAAGCGUGGAGUCCAGGAUGCUUCCAUACCUCAGUGGGAAAACGACUGGAAUCUGCAGCCCAUGAAUAUCCAUGGACUGAUGGAUGAGUACUUGGAGAUGGUUUUGCAGUUCGGCUUUACCACCAUCUUUGUGGCAGCCUUUCCGCUGGCCCCUCUUCUGGCUUUGCUAAACAACAUCAUCGAAAUCAGGCUGGAUGCGUACAAGUUUGUCACGCAGUGGCGGAGACCACUGCCGGCCCGAGCAACUGACAUAGGUAUCUGGCUUGGCAUUCUGGAAGGAAUUGGCAUAUUGGCUGUGAUCACCAAUGCAUUCGUCAUUGCUAUUACCUCUGACUACAUCCCACGUUUUGUCUAUGAAUACAAAUACGGCCCGUGUGCAAAUCGUGUAGAACAGAACGAAAAUUGCUUAAAGGGAUACGUCAACAACAGCCUGUCCUUCUUCAACCUGAGUGAGCUCGGCAUAGGGAAAUCUGGCUACUGCAGGUACCGAGACUAUAGAGGCCCCCCUUGGAGUUCCAAGCCCUAUGAAUUCACCCUCCAAUACUGGCACAUCCUGGCUGCCCGGCUGGCCUUCAUCAUCGUGUUUGAGCACCUUGUUUUUGGGAUUAAGUCUUUCAUCGCGUAUCUGAUUCCAGAUGUACCCAAAGGCCUACAUGAACGAAUACGGCGGGAGAAGUACUUAGUCCAAGAAAUGAUGUAUGAGGCCGAACUGGAACAUUUACAACAACAACGGAGAAAAAGUGGUCAGCCUGUUCACCAUGAAUGGCCUUAGUUGAUGUCUGCUACCAGUAGGGGAGGUACCCUUAGUGUGAGGGAAGUGGCAACCUCAGCUGGAGAGGGGACCAAGGAGGAAGGUGUGCUGGUCAAAAUAUGCAUAUAAUAGGCUCCCUGGAAAGGCAUCACAGCAAUCACUGGGAUUUGGAAUGGUCGUAUUUCUAGGGAGGGAGAAGCUGAACUUAAAGGCAGCUUAACCUGACAUUGCAGAUCAGAGGCAGCAUAAUAGAAAGGGUGGCGAUGAGGUUUCUAGAGAUAGAUUUGCAUGGAAAUGCUGACAGCCAGGCAUGACUUAAAGUGUCCUGUGGUCACAUGCUAAUCUGACUUGGGAACCUUCCGCUGAGUUGAGAUGCUUGCAACAAAUGACUUAAAUCAGUUACUGCCUUUGCUGCUGGAAUUCCGUGUCCUUUCUGCUUUUAGGUUGCUAGGAACUGCCCUUGUCUCCUGAGAGUAUGGAUCUUUGCCACAACAAAUUUAUGCUGCUUUACACCGACUAUGCAGUUAAAGAGUUGCACACCACCUUUCAUAGUCAAACCAAAAAUCUAAGAUUCCAAAAAGAAUACCAUUCCUCGAAAUUGUAUUGUAUUCCAUCAGCUAUGGGGAAGUCUGUUUUCUUACUGGCAAAGCCAGAUGCACUGCAUAUUUUUAUACAUAGAAAACAUGAAUGAGGUUUGACUGAUACUCAUAUCAUUUAGAACAUGACUAAUCCAUACUUUACUGCAGAAAGCUAUUUUAUCAACUAUUUAGUUUUUCCCUCUCUGGAUUAUUACAAAUUUCACAGAAUGUUAUCUUGAAAUGCUGUAAAUAUGUUGAUUUUCCUUGUUUCUUUGCACCUUGACCAUUUGGAAUGCAAGAUUGAGUUUAUGCAACUCUGAGACCAGUUACACAGUAUGCUAUUGCAAUAUGUUUAUUCAGGAAACCUGAAGCCAGAUUGUCUAUAACAUUUAUGCUUUUUCUACAAUGUGCUAUCUCAACAAUGAGCUAAUGAAAACCAUGCAUGUUGAUAGAUCUGUGAUUUGUAAAAAAAAAUACUUGAAUCUACUUUCUUUUUCAUCACUGAAGGGAGGUUCCUAUUAUUGCUUCAUUAUAGAUUGAUUUAUUUUUUAACUGCCUGGAAACAAAUUCAGAUUAAUUGUGAAGACAUAAUUUUGCUUUAUUGUGAAAUUCCUAUUUUGAUGUCAACUCUGUCUGACCACAGAUUGAUGGGGAAUUCAACUAGACAAAGUCCAGGAACAGAUAGGAAGGAAAGCAAAGUUGAAGUAAGGGAAUGUAAGGUAAAAAUCAAGACUCUUUUCCUUGCAAAACAAGGAAAUCCAAGUUUUCCUCUCCUGGAAAUGAAGCAAGAAAUCACACACACAUACACAUACACACAUCAUGAUUUUUAUUACUUAUCCAAUUAAUUUUUGCCCAAUGAAGUAAAGCACAGUUAUUUCCAAAAUUUGAAAGACCCAAUUAGGCACAACAGAAAGAAAGCUACUUCCUGUAAAUUCCAGAAUUUCUCUAGUAGGGAAAUUAUAAAUUUCACUUACUUUAUAAUUCUAGCACCAAAAAUGUUUGCUGACCUUUCCUUCCUUUGCUCCAGGGAAAAGUGGCUCCAUUAUAAUUGUGUCCUUGUUUUUGUCAAGAAUAUUCACUUCUCUCUUUGCCCUCUGAUCCUGAGGAGGAGGCUGGCCACUUGCUCAGUUUUGCUCAACUUGAUGCUCAAAACUGAAAAUCUAAGUUGCUUAUGCAGUUGCUUAACUGACAAGGCUGGAGUGGUCAGCAGUCAGCUGAGCAGUGGGAAGGCUUCUGAAUCUAAAUUUCCUCAUCGUUUUUUGCCAUGUAGGACUCUUAGGUUCAGGUGUACUAAUUCCAGUGCCUGCACGACAGAGUUUCAGAGCAUCCAUGUUUACUUUUCUUUGUUAAUUAGAUGUGUAUACAUGCCUGAGUACAAACACUCUCCCAGUUUACCUGAAAGUUACUUGUUUUGCAAAUUAAGACUGCAAGACAAUGACAUUUGUCUUACAGGAGGGCAAAAUAGAAUCAUAGCUGUGUCCCUCAGAAUUCUUCUCUUUCCAUGUUUUUAUAUAGCCCCAUCAGGGUAUAAAAUCAUAUUGAUUGAUAUGAAAAAAAGACAUUUUAAUAAGAAUUGUAAUGUCUUCAUUUAGAAAAUGCCUUCCCUGUUAUUUCUGCAACAGACAUGAAAAAUAGUAAACAGAAAAUUACCUGAAAUGUUUCUUUUGUGAAACAGUGCGGUAGAACUAGCUACGUCUUCAGCCUUGUUGACAGUAAAAUGCUGGCACCUGCUCCUCGUACUCUGGUUUUUGAGCACUCUGAUGGAGUUGAAAUAUUUUAUAUCUUGGUUUUCCUAUGAAUACAAAUUACUUCUCAAAGAUUUACAGCACACACUAGUCUCAGGAAUUCUGUAUUACACGAAUGCUGCUUAUAUAUUUUCAUACUCUACCUUGUUGUCUUUGUAAGCAAAUAACCAAUAAACACGCGCAUGCGGUCUGCGUUGACAAGCUCCCCAGCGCUGAGGAGAUUCCCAGCACAAUGCGCGGAAAAUCACUGCAGCUCUUAGCUGAAAUAGCCCGCUGUUGUCUCGCCCGUGCGUGCACGCGCUUUCAGGGCCUAGGCUGCCGGCCGGCCGACUGCAUGUCAAGAGAGGCGAUGUCGAAUGGAGAACAUUCCUCUGAAAUGACUUUGUAGCACAAUCCGUUGUAUAAUGGAAUGAAUAUAAAGUUUUUCACUCAAUAAAUUAUUAUUUGAUAUGGCA